UAGCCAGCUGAUGUCAACAAAGUUUCUUAAUAUUUAAUUUGUUUUAAGAUGCAAAAUCAUGGAAACAACCGAGAUACAUGUAAAUAUAAGCUCUCAGACGUGCCGCGUCUGCCUAGAGGCCCAUGAGACCAAUCUGUGUCUCAACGAUGAAAUCGAAUACAACGACGUGAGCAUGGAGCUCUGGCAGCUUUUAGAAUCCGUUUCCAAAGUAAAGUAUACCUGGAUGGAUCCAAAUCUGCCGAUGCGGCUGUGUCAAAACUGCACCCGGCGACUAAUAAGCGCAUACGAGUUCAUUGUAGAGGUAGAAAACGCACAGGUUACUCUGCAAAGUCUUUACUUGCAGCAGGAGAUUGAUUCGAAGCCGGAGGAAAACAAUAUGGAAGUAGUGGAACCGAUUGAGCAGGGGAAUACGGUUGCUAUGGAAGAAUUCCUACCCACCUCUUUUGAAGAGCAAGAGGGGGAAGAAGAACCGCUUUUUGCAGACGAGGAUCACGAAAAGUCCAAUCAGCUGCAUCUACUGCCGGAGGAACCAGAAAACAAAGAAUUGUCCCAUUCGCGACCAUCCCAACUGGGUAGUCGUUUGACUCAUUCGGAGAACUUUAUCUUCAAGUGUGCCAUCUGCCCUCGAGUUUUCGCAAAAAGCGAAUCCUUGUCUAGACACUUUGGGCAUGCUCACAGGCUCACGGCGGACGUGGCCGCUCUGAAGCUGGCCAACGAGAGUAGCGGAACGGGUCUACUUACCUGCGAGUACUGUCCGCGUGAAUUCAAGCGUCAGGAUACUCUACGGCGACACAUGCAGGCAUUCCAUCCUGACGCAGCGGCUUUGGAAACAGAAGAAACGCCGGAGAACGCCGCCCGGAAACGCAUCGCCAAGCGUCGCGACUGUCCUUAUUGUGGCCUAAGCUUUCCCGUAUCCAGCCUCACAAUCCACAUUCGACGGCAUACGGGGGACAACCCUUACAAGUGUGACCAAUGCGAGAAAGCCUUUCCGCGCAGCCAGGAUCUGAGUCUCCACAUGAGACAGCAUACCGGAGAGCGUCCCAGUGAGUGCAAGAUCUGCUCCAAAAAAUUCAUUUCUCAAAAUAAGUUAGCUCGGCAUAUGCGCCUGCACACGGGCCAAAGGCCAUAUUCCUGCACCAGGUGCAACAAAAGUUUUGUGCAAUCCAACGAUCUAAAAAUCCAUAUGCGCCGACAUACUGGGGAGCGACCUUAUCAGUGUGGAGUAUGCGGGGAAAGCUUCCUCUGCGGUUCGCACCUGAAUAUACAUCGUAACCGAAAGGGUCAUCAGGAGACUGUGAUUCCGGGAAGAGGUGCCGAGGAUACUGUCACAGCAGAUCCAUAUAUAAACGCGAGGGUCAACAAACGACGCGCUGAAGAUAUCGAACGCAUGCGCCUGAAACGAAUUCCGAGAGAGCAACUGGAUCAGGAACAGGAAGUGGAUCCCAAUACAGAGGUGCCUGCUAUGGCCUACAGAUGUGGUGUAUGUGAGCAGAACUUCAAAAGCGGAGCCCUUCUGACCAUACAUCGUAAUAAAAUGAGCCACUAUGAGACUGGAAGGGUCUUCGAAGAUCCCUUCGGAGAACGGCAGAAAAAGCUAGAAGCUCAGUAAAACAAUUCGCAGUCGUUCAUUUGGAUUAAAAAUAAAAUUGUAAAUUUCAUAUCCUCAUUUUUCAGCUCGAAAUAGAUAUCCAAAAUAUAAAAUUAUGAUUUAUACUAUUAUAAUUUAAGUAUAUUAGUUCCCUACUAUCAAUAUACUA